AGGUGGAGCCUUGAGAGGCCAGAGCUCUUCCCCACGCCCUGCCCGCAGACGUGGGCUCAGUCUCGUGAGGUUGCGGAGUGUGCUGAGGCCCGGACAAGUGAUGGUGAAAAAGAGUCUCAAGUGGACAUGCAAAGCUUGUGGAAAGAAGCAGUCAUUUUUGCAGGCUUACGGUGAGGGUUCUGGUGCUGACUGUAGACACCAUGUCCAAAAAUUAAACCUGCUGCAGGGACAGAUUUCAGAGAUGUCACUCAGGUCUCUGGGAGAAUCCAUAAGUGCCAAUGAGGAAGAAAACGUGGGUCCUUGGCAGGCGGCCUCUGCAGGUCCACAGGAAAAACCCCAGCCCUCAAAGAACCGCUGGCUGAAGUAUCUGGAAAGGGACUCCGAAGAACUGGGGCUGAAAGAAGGAUUGUGUUUCAACAGACAGCCUUCAUCUGAGAGAGAAAAGCCAGACCCUCCGUUCAGCACAGGCCUGCCUAGGAAGAGGAAAUGGAACCAGAGCACAGUCCAGCCUCUCUGCAUCCCUCAUGUCCAGGACUCCAGAAACUGUGAGGUCACCUUGAAGUCCUUGAAGGACCGUUCUCUUCAUUCUACAUGGAGCGCCAGGUCUUCACCAGACUGUUCAACUUGGGACCUGCCCUGGAUUUCUGAGGAACUGUCACCUUCAUUUACCCAGGACCAUGCUGGCCUGGCGGGGAAGGGUAGAGAGAGCCGUCGUGAGGACCGGGACACCAUGGAGCUUGUUCCCCGGGGGGAACCACCGUGUCCUGCCCAGCAGGUCAGGACCAUGUCUAAGUGGGAACAAUGUCUUGGAAACAGCUCACAUUUGGACACAGAGCCCCUCAGGCCAAUCCAGGCAGCACAAGCUGAGCAUGGGCCCCCCAGGGCCCAGACUCCAAGGGAAGGCGGCCUCUGCAGGCUCCCCAGCGCAUGCCAGUCUCCUCAGACCACACACACCCCCAUGCCUGGGCCCAAGCGGCUCUGUGGGAGGAUCCCCGAGCAGUCACGGAGCACAGGCCCUUGGGCAGAGGGUGCGCCCUUGGUCAAAGGGGUACAGGCACGUUCUUCACUCAUGCGUCUAUGUGACCUUUUUAAAACUGGAGAGGACUUUGAUGACAAUCUGUGAGUUGAAACUAGUAUGUUACUCAUGUAGACAUUUGUUACAUGAACCCUUCAAUUCAGUGACCUCUGUGCCACUGAAAACAGGGUUCCCCAAGUUGCUUUCAAAUCGUAGGACUGAGGAGGACUUAUGGGAACUAUAAGAAGCGACGAUAAAUAUUACCAUCAAACAGAUUACCUCUCGUACCAUCUUUGAUUAAAGUGUUUAUAUCUUUAAUUAAAAUUGUUUACAAAUUGAAUGGCUACAAAGCGAUUUUCUUAACUUUAAAAGCAGCCGACACGUUUGGAAAUGGUAACUACAGUGGUUAUGAAAUAGGCAGUACUCUGAACAACAUCAGUUCCUCUGUGAGCCCUUCUUUAUUCUCAGAUGUUAGCUACAGUCCUGAGCUAUAAUCGCUACAGGACAGCCUCUUCCACCCCGGCUGAAUGCUGGUGAUCCUUUAGCUAAAUUCAAAGGAUAUCAAACUUCUAGCAGAAAAUCAAUUACAUAUCAGUGUAGUCAUUAGAAAAAGCAGGAAGCCAUUUGGCAAGAUCUACUCUGGACUGCUGGUAUAAUCCUGCAGGGGGAGUGCGGAUAGGAUGCAGUACGGUCUCCACGUCCUCCCCACAAGGAGUCUCUCGCUCUGCCCCAAGGGGGCUCCCCUGGCUGGAAGGAGCCAGACAUCCAUGGGAAACUGAUCCGUUUCUCAGAAUCAGCACUCACACACUUGGAACUCCCCCCAUGUCACUUGUUCUUACUGCCCUAAAUGGCUUUGUG